CAAAUCUGUGGACCUCUCGAUUCUAUUUCCCUUUUAACUUCCUCGUGAUUUCCCCCAAAUCCCAUCACAUUUUUUCAUUAAUCGAUUCAUUUUAGACCUUAAAGUCUCCACCUUUCUUCUCUUUUUCAGAGUUUCCAUGGUUUCUGAAACCGAAGCUUCGCAGGUUUUUUCUUUGUUUGAAAGAUUGUUAAGGCUCAGGGAGCUCUAUUUGUCUCUACCCUUCAUCUUGAGAUCCUCCGACAACGACAACGACAACAACGACGAUGUUUCAAGACAAAACACCGAAAACCCAGAUCAAGAAACAGCUCCACAACGUGAGAGAACAAUCCUUGUCAACCCGUUUAUUCAGGGCAUGGUGGUCAUCGAGGGAGCUUCAAAUUUGGAAGCUUUGGUACGCGGGUGGGCUAACAAAGACGGUCACCCGCCUGCUUCCAAGGCAUCGAUAGAAGCCAUGCCGAGCGUCGACGUCGGUGAAGACGAAGAUGGGGAGUGCGUGGUUUGCUUGGAGGAGUGGAAGGCGGAGGAGCUUGCGAAGGAGAUGCCUUGCAAGCACAAGUUCCACGGUGAAUGUAUAGAGAAAUGGCUUGAAAUACAUGGCUCUUGCCCUGUUUGCAGGUACAAGAUGUCCGUUGAUGAUGAAGAGAAAGGCAAGAAGACAGGCGAGCAGAGGGAGAUUUGGGUUAGAUUUUCUUUCAAUAACGGUCCUCCAACUGGUUCUGGCAAUGCAAAUGAAACCCAGAAUUAGAAGAAUCGUGUAAGAAUUUGUAUGUUUUUAUUGGAAAAGCAUGUACAUAUUGAUGAACAUAAAUAAAAUUUCGAGCAUGCUACUCUCACAU